AUGUCUGAUGAAGAUCCGUUAGUUAACGGGGAGAAGUUAUCCUCGUUAAGAGUUGUAGACUUGAAGUCUGAAUUAGAGAAGAGAGGGCUAUCUAAAAUGGGUAAUAAGAGUGCUUUAGCCGAGCGUUUGAAAGAAUUUUUAUUAAAUGGUCAAGGAACACCUGCUGGUACUCCUGUUAAGGACCCCGCAAAAACUCCUGUCGUAGAAAACCCAAUGGUUGCAGCGUAUAGAGCAAAGCAAAGAGCAUUGCUCGAAGGAAAAUGUCCAUCUCGAUCAUCUAGUACGGAAGCAAACUCUCCAGCCAGUUCUCCUCAGAAAAAUACGUCAGCGUCAGAGUCACCAUGCAAACAGGAUGCUAUUGUCAAAGAAGAGGAGGUGUCGUUCAGAGACAUUAAGCCUGCUCUAGUGCGUGAUGAUGGACAUAGUGAUAACGAUGAAGCUUCUAAGCGAGUUUUUGUAACAGAGAGUACUGAAACUGACAAGGCCAGAAACGACUCUGAUGAUGAAGAAUUUAUUAUUAAAGAAGGCUCGGAGGGAGAUCCAAAUCCCAAUGUUAUUUUACAAAAGCCUGGGGUUGAUAAUACGUAUGAUCAUAAUGUAGAGGAAGUAGGCAAAAAUUCACCUAGCGUUAAUGAAAAUUCAAAUACUGAACCAGAUGAAAGUACUUUGGAAGGAAAACCUUCGAACUCAUCUACCUCUGAGAGCGCGUCACCAUCUCAAAGUAAAUCUAAUUCACCUGGCAAGAAAUCGCCAUCUCCUCCUCCCAGAGAGGAAAAACCUCACACCAUCAGAGAUAAUGAUGAGGAAUUAGUGAAGCCUAGUGUUAACGAAGAACCUGAAUCCGAACCGGAAAAGUCACCGGAACCGGCAGUUCAGGAUGAACCUAUGUCUGAUCCUGAACCUGAAAAGAAGAAAGUGCCGGAACGCGAACCUGAGCCAGAACCUGAGCGUGAAGUUCAACCAGAGCCAGUAGCUGAACCGGAACCGGAACCGGAGCAACCAGCUGUAUCAAUACCUGUUGCUUCUGAAAAGUCAGGAAAGGAAAAACCCACCAAAGUUUACAAAGAAGAGAGAGCGGACGAAGAGCUAGAGUUGGAUUAUGGUGAUGAAGUAGAAGAAGAUAAAGAUAAAGACGAUCAAGGAAGUAAUGAGUCAAGAACUAAAAGAGAGAGUAUUCAAGCCCCUGCUCAAAGUUCGGAUUCCUCAUCUAAUAAACCCCCUUCGAGGAAUCCCGUUUCUGCCAUUUUACAUAUCAGAGGAUUGGUGCGACCUUUCACAGAUCGUCAGCUCAAAACUGAGAUUUGCCAGCAUGGAGGUGAGAUAGUUGACUUUUGGAUUGAUAAGAUUAAAAGUCACUGUUUCAUAAAGAUGGCAAGUUCUGAACAGGCUAAUGCGGUCAGGGAGAUUAUGCAUGAGACAACAUGGCCACAAUCUAGUCCAAAGCUGUUGUCAGUUCAAUUUGACACGGACGAUAAUAUGAAACGACAUAAAUCUGGUGGAUCAGAUGAGAGUGCUGGUGCGGUGUCAAGGAGCACAUCCAUAGAUGUUAAAGAUCGCGAAAGACAUGUGAUUGGUUCUCUCCCUGGACGUAACGGAAGUCUUCGUGUUACAGUGGAAGCUGCUAUUCGUGAUAAUCAGAAGAGAGAUAAUGAAAUCAAGGAGAGACAAGGUAGGGAAACGAAAGUUAGAGACGAAGAGAAGAAGAGGUCAGAGAAAAAAACAGAUGAUCAUGAAAAUGAGCGUAAAAGAAGAUAUAGCCAUGGCUCACCUCAUAGAGAUGCUGUUGAGAAGAAGUUGCCCAGAUCUGAAAAAGAAGAUGUGCCCGCCAAAACUGCAGAUUCUUUGUUCAUGAAGACCAAAGCCAAACCCGAAAUCUAUUAUAUGCCAUUGACGGAAGAAGAGGCGAAGAUCAGAAAACAAAAGAGGGAGGAAGGAAGACAGCGACGCGAUUCUGAUAGGGAAAGGAGACGCCGUUAA